GUCUCAACCAAAAAUAGGCAGAAAAAAAUGCUACUAGAACCCCUGCAUCAGCACCGGUCAGGAAACUACCGUAGAUAAUACGGUGGCUGGUCAAUGAAUGGCAUGGUUGAACAACUGAACCGGUGAACCACGGUGUAAUUGGAUUACUGUGCUGAGGACGCUCCCAGUCUAUUGCCUGCAAACUGCUGGUAGGAUUCAGCGCAGCGUCAUUCUUUAGAAGCAGAACAUCUUUGUUGAAGCUAGGUGGCUAACAUUAGCUAUCCAGCUAGCUAAAACCCUCUUAAAAAGGGCAUUAGUUAUACCAGCUAACUAGUUAGCAUAGUACAUGUUCUGUCCUGCAGUGUACAGUAGGCAGCAUCUCAUAUUACUUGCGCUGAUCUGAUGGGGUUGGGGGUUAUCGGAUGUGACUGCGAACGGGACCUUGGCUAACGUCAACUAGCUAGAAUGAUGAUGAUGAUGAUGAUGAUGAUGAUGAUCCUCUGGACCACAGCCUAGAUGGCUCAGUCAGGACAACAACGUUAGUGAGCUCCGUACCUAGCUAAGAAUUUAACUAGCUAUGUUUUUGCUAAGCAGCGGAAGCGAUUUAAAAUAAUCAUAAUUAAUUAGGCUUAUCCUUAACAGGAUCCAACUGGAUUUGGCAAUACAUAGCUAUGAUUAGAGAGAGUAAGUAAGUGGCACUGCAUUGUUUACAAAAAAAGUAUAUAACUCAUCCUCCUUUAUUUUCACACACUUUAUUUAAUCCUGCUGCCCGUCAUUGUACACAGCAGUUCUCAAAGUAUGAUAAAUGACUAGGUUGAUUUAAAGACACAGUAACAAAUCGUGACAUAACCACUGUGAUGAAGAAAUAUCGGACUGUGUAUCAGUAGUUAGGGUCAACUACUUUGUACUGAAUCUCCUCUGUCCUCCAUGGCUGAGUGGUAGGUAGUCCAAGCCAUGUCGUGGUUGUGGCCCCUGCUCCCUGCCCUGGUACUCUUUUCUGUGUUGUCUGUGGUUCGAGUACAGACUGCACCAUGCCAGACCUGCCGCAAGCUCACUGACAGCUUCAUCAAGGGAUUGGAUAAAACAUCCAAUAAGAAUCUUGGGGGUGGCAACACUGCUCGGGAGGAGGAAAAUCUGGCUAAAUAUGCUCGCAGUGAAACCAGGUUGCUGGAGAUAGUGGAGGCAGCGUGUGAGAAAUCAGACUUAGAUUGUAACAAACUGCUGGAGCAGAUAGAGGACCAAGUGGAGACAUGGUGGUUCCACCGGCAGCAAGAGGCUCCAGACCUAUUUGAGUGGUUGUGUAUAGAAGAGCUCCCGCUCUGCUGUCCCCCGGGACAUUUUGGACCAGACUGCAAAGAGUGUCUGUCUGGUCCUGGAGGGGUGUGUGGUGGUCUGGGCCGCUGUGAAGGAGAGGGCACGCGUCUGGGAGAUGGAGAGUGCGUGUGUGACCCGGGGUACUUCGGUCAGCUGUGUCAGAGCUGUGCAGACGGCUAUUACAGAGAGAAGAGCUCCAAUCACAGCACACCAGCCUGCGCAGCAUGCUACCGCUCUUGUAAAAAGUGCUCAGGGCCAGAGAACUACAAAUGUCUGGAAUGCAAACCUGGGUGGCUCUUCCAUGACAACAAGUGUGUUGACACUGAUGAGUGUGGCACAGAGCUGGCUCGAUGUUCCUCCAACACCUAUUGCCACAACACAGAUGGAUCGUACGAGUGCAGAGGCUGUGACCAGGCAUGUGUGGGCUGUAUGGGCAGUGGUCCAGCCCGCUGUAAGAAAUGUGCUCGGGGAUACAAGCUCAGAGGAGCCAAAUGUCUCGAUGUGGAUGAGUGUAGUGAGAGGGCGAUAGCAUGUCCAGGGCUGAAUGAGGCGUGUUUCAAUGACGAGGGGUCCUUCCGCUGUGAAUGUGCUGACGGCUUCAUUCGUAGAGACAGCAUCUGUGUGGAGAACCAUCCGCUGAGUGGUCCAGAGAAGGGUCUGUUUGAUGACAUGACUGAUGACGAGGUCCUGGUCCUGCAGCAGAUGUUCUUUGGCGUGGUCAUCUGUGCCCUAGCAACGCUCGCCGCCAAGGGCGACAUGGUCUUUACUGCCAUCUUCAUCGGGGGCGUGGCCGCCAUGGCCGGAUACUGGCUGUCAGAGAAGGGCGACCGCAUGCUGGACGGCUUCCUAAAGGGACGCUAGCCUACCAGGAGCUAAGGAUACAGGACAGAGGAAGGAACUCUUGAAUGCAAACCAAUGAGGGCGACAAAGACUGAGGGGUGACGGCUACAGGAAUGCUAGCCAAUCAGGGAUGUACUAUACUAUUUUGGGGGUGUUGGCUUGGGAUGAUUGUGGGUCUUCUGGAUUGUGAACCUUUGAGAUAAGAGACCUUGGAGCUUAGUGAAAUUAGAGAGCUCAAUGGAGGAAUUAAUAUAGAAGACCGGGUACUACUUGAUCCAAGAACACUGAAAAGACACUGGACUGUCCUUCUGCACUGAUAUGGGAGACCAAAACCCAAGCCUCUUGCCUCAACUCAUGGAAUCCCAAAAAAAACAUUUCCACUGAAUUUCAGCCGUGACCCAAAAGGACCAGCUGACAUGAUUCUCUCGUUAACACAGGUGUGAGUGUUGACGAGGACAAGGCUGGAGAUCACUCUGUCAUGAUGAAAAGAGAGGGAGUGCAGGUCGGAUAAGACCACUACUGAUUGUUACCAAGUUAUUAUGCAUUUGUAUCUUCUACUGAGCAAAAUAUUGCUCCAAAAUGAUGUCUGUCCAUUUCCACACAUCCCAACCCAAACUUCUUAGCUAUACCCCUCUUACCUCAUCAGUAUUCUACUGUUCAUCAUGUCACCGUAUACUGAGGAACAGCGGUGUUUCCCUGGUAAUGGAAGGUGAUAUGGGAUGGUCAGUGGGGUGUUGAAGCACUAAAGACUGCUGCUAUAGUGGACAUGGGAAAUGUGUAGGAAAGGACAGAUGCUCCCUGUUGCACCAGUGAAAUUAUGUCCAAUGUUAUAACACUAUUUAUAAUCGUGUCCCUAUUAUAACUGUGUUUUUGCACAAACGUAUUCUUACUAUAUGAAGGCAUGAGAAAGGCGAUGCUGUAUGUAUUUAUUAUCCUGAUAGGCAUGAAAGACUGAACUUUAUAGAACUGCUUGUUUCCCCCUUAAACUGUUCAACCAGGAUACAAGGAUCAUCACUUGUGUGUCACCACCCCAAACCCUUGUGCCUGAGCAGUGUGCAUGAGAAAGCAAGAGAGUAAAAGGCAGCAGUCCUCGUGAAGAUGUCACCCAUUGUAUUGUUUUGCAAUAAUUCAUUUCUGAACAUUCUUUUGCAAAAACCUUUUAAAGAUUUUUAUUCUGUACCUGUUUGAUAUGUGUGUGAUCAGCACCAGGCAAAAUGGGGUACUGUACAGUCGUGGCCAAAAGUUGAGAAUGGCAUAAAUAUUAAUUUUCACAAAGUCUGCGGCCUCAGUUUGUAUGACGGCACUUUGCAUAUACUCCAGAAUGUUAUGAAGAGUGAUCAGAUGAAUUGUAAUUAAUUGCAAAGUUCCUCUUUGCCAUGCAAAUGAACUGAAUCCCCCAAAAACAUUUCCACUGAAUUUCAGCCGUGACCCAAAAGGACCAGCUGACAUGAUUCUCUCGUUAACACAGGUGUGAGUGUUGACGAGGACAAGGCUGGAGAUCACUCUGUCAUGAUGAUUGAGUUCGAAUAACAGACUGGAAGCUUCAAAAGGAGGGUGGUGGUUGGAAUCAUUGUUCUUCCUCUGUCAACCAUGGUUACCUGCAAGGAAACGCAUUCCGUCAUCAUUGCUUUGCACAAAACUGGAUUCACGGGCAAGGAUAUUGCUGCCAGUAAGAUUGCACCUAAAUCAACCAUUUAUCAGAUCAUCAAGAACUUCCAAGGAGAGCGGUUCAGUUGUUGUGAAGAAGGAUUCAGGGCGCCCAAGAAAGUCCAGCAAGCACCAGGACCGUGUCCUAAAGUUGAUUCAGCUGCGGGAUCGGGGCACCACCAGUACAGAGCGUGCUCAGGAAUGGCAGCAGGCAGGUGAGUGCAUCUGCACGCACAUUGAGGCAAAGACUUUUGGAGGAUGGCCUUGUGUCAACGGCAGCAAAGAAACUACUUCUCUCCAGGAAAAAUAUCAGGGACAGACUGAUAUUCUGCAAAAUAUUGGACUGCUGAGGACUGGGGUAAAGUCACUCUGAUGAAUCCCCUUUCCGAUUGUUUGGGGCAUCCAGAAAAAAGCUUGUCCGAAGAAGACAAGGUGAGCGCUACCAUCAGUCCUGUGUCAUGCCAACAGUAAAGCAUCCUGAGAUCAUUCAUGUGUGGGGUUGCUUCUCAGCCAAGGGAGCUGGCUCACUCACAAUUUUGCCUAAGAACACAGCUAUGGAUAAAGAAUGGUACCAACACAUCCUCCGAGAGCAACUUCUCCCAACCAUCCAGGAACAGUUUGGUGACGAACAAUGCCUUUUCCAGCAUAAUGGAGCACCUUGACAUAAGGCAAAAAUGAUAACUAAGUGGCUCGGGGAACAAAACAUUGAUAUUUUGGGUGCAUGGCCAGGAAACUCCCCAUACCUUAAUCCCAUUGAGAACUUGUGGUCAAUCCUCAAGAGGCGGGUGGACAAACAAAAACCCACAAAUUUUGACAAACUUCAAGCAUUGAUUAUGCAAGAAUGGGCUGCCAACAGUCAGGAUGUGGCCCAGAAGUUAAUUGACAGCAGGCCAGGGUGGAUUGCAGAGGUCUUGAAUAAAUAUUGAAAUAUUGACUCUGCAUCAACUUAAUGUAAUUGUCAAUAAAAGCCUUUGGCACUUCUGAAAUGCUUGUAAUUGUACUUCAGUAUUCCCUAGUAACAUCUGACAAAAAUAUCUAGACACUGAACCAGCAAAGUUUGUGGAAAUUAAUUUGUCUCAUUCUCAAAACUUUUUGCUAUGACUACAAAGCACAAGUGUAUUUUAUCAGAACUGUGUUAACAUGUGCAUCCACUCAAUCCCAACACGUUGUUUCACCCUCAUCCUGAGUAUCUACUAAAGCUAGUGCGCUUAGAAUAAAACAUUUAUUCAAAAUA